CUUUCAAGGAAGGCCUGCAAUGGCGUUGAAAGCUUCGAUUAUCAUUUUCUGUGCUCGUCGUGGCCACCAUCUCCGUUUGCGUCACGGCGGCCCGCUUCAAGAAAGACGCCAAUCCGCUCGCAGGCAAGCCAAGCACCAGACCCGAUUGCCAAAUCAUGUGCAUGCUGAUCAAUGCAGACGGCAGCCUCACCAGCACGUCGGGCGCUCCGAAGACCUGGGACCCCUGCAGCUCGCCGUUUGCGGACGGUCAGUGUCGUUUUGAGAAACCUUGCGGCUAUGCCGUCACGAGAAGCCGUGUGCGGUACGCAUGCAAAUGCACCGCCGAAACGGGCAUUGCCAAAUGCGAGUCGCCGGUACACAAGCACACUUGAUACCUGAUGCAUGCUCGCUGAAUCUCCGCGCAUGCAUCUGUCCACAUAUAGGAGCCCUACAAGAGCCAGCAACAGGAGGCUUACGAGAAGUGCCAGGCAGCAUACAACGCCAAUCAGAAGUGCUCGCCCUACACUUCGUGGAUGAAUCCCAAACCUACAACGAUCGCUGGCGUCUUCACCAGCUGUGCGGAGGGAUGCAUCUGCAGGCAAAUCGGCAUGGACAGGGUGUGCGCGCCCAACGUUUGAGAGGCGCAUCGAGCCUGGGGAAGACUGAGACAGACCCAAAUUUCAAUCGACCAGCAGACAGCAAAGAGAGAGAGAUGAUGUGCGAUUUUUAGUGGGACAAGGAAGUUCCUGACACGCAUCGACUCGACGGGCAGACCAGUAGCGGAAUGAAUGCGUGUGUGUGUCUGUCUUCUUUGGUCUGGCUUCGGCGUUUCUUUCUGUCUGCCUGCGGUGUCUGUCGUCUCGUCUCUGCCUGACAUGUCAAGGUUCCUUUUGUCCGAUAGAGGAAGGAAACGAUGCAUGCAAAGAAUCAACGAAAGACGCGCAGAUCCGGCACAUGAAAAGAUAAGGAUAAGCCACGCUGCAAGACACUAACGAGACAGCAGGCAAUGGUUAAAC